CGAAUUUAGUAUUUUCAGUUUGCCGGGACUAUUGGAAACUAUUGUUCUUCGUUUAAACUACAAAUUCAUCAUAUAGUAUGUUGUUUUUUGGAAAAACAACCUAAAUGUGAAAUAGGCUGAUUACCUCCGUCGCGGUAAUGCUCCGCUUUGCUGUGUCCCAGGUUUCUCAUACAAACACACACUGGCAGAGGACCCAACACAACACCACGAGAGAGAUUGUAUACAGAAUAUUUUCUUUUUUACAUAUAUUGGUCACUGUUUUUGCGCAAUUACCGACGCUACUGAUUAUUCCACGCCAGGACUUUUAAAAACUGUGAUAGCAAUAUAGACUGCAGAAAUGAAGUCGAAGAAGAAGAAGAGACAGGAUGAUUUUCAGAAGGUGAAGUUAAAAGUGGGAAAGAAGAAGCCCAGAGCUGAUAAUGCCACCAACACCAACUUCCGUACAAAGGGAAUCCAUCUUUCUGAACAACUGAAGAGAGACACCAGUGGCCCUACUACACACAGACAGCUUAGUAUCAAUGAUCUCCUUUCUCAGCUCCACCAUUACAAUGCCAAUGUGAAACACAGUGCCUUGAUGGGUUUGCGAGAGUUGUUGUCCCUUAAUCCAUCUCUGUUAGAGCAGCAUCUCUCUCGUCUUCUUUCUGAAGUUGCAGCUGUUUUCACAGACAAGGAUGGCAACGUUCGAGUGGCAGCUACACGUGUACUCAGGUUCAUUGCUCAGUCUGUGCCUGCAGAACGAGUGGCCCCAUUUUUCCCCCUCCUCAGUGCCCAUCUGUCCUGUGCCAUGACCCACAUUGAGACAGGCAUCCAGGAGGAUGCAAUGAAGGUCCUUGAUGUUUUAUUGGAGCACUACCCUGCUCUGCUAGCGGGACGUCCUGCAGUACUCCUCACAAAUUUCCUGGAGUUAAUUUCUCAUCGGCAAAGCAGUGGAGGAGCCAAAAAGGCCCAGGAUACCAAGGGACGGAGCUGGGCACUGUCAGUCAAUCUUAACAGGGCUGUGACUAGUCAACAGUGGCGGCUCUCUGUGCUUCUCAGGCUUGGACGUUUUCUGCAAGCAGUGGUUGAGGAAAGGCCGGUGGAGGAAGGUGACUUGUCUGCUGCAGCUAAUGGAGUGUUUGGGUGCAGUGGAGAAGGACGGCUUACACCUUUGUAUCUCAUCUGGGAGGAGCUCACCUACAGUAAGGUUGGAGUGAAGGUUUAUGAGCAUUCUGGUGCCAAACCAACUCCACGAUCCACCUUCAGACUCAGACCUGAGGUGGAUUCUGGAGCUUCAGUCAGUGAGGGUCUGGGCUCAGCUGAAGCUAUACAGAGCUUUGCAGCUACGCUGGUGCCUCUUCUGUUGGAAGUUUGGGUGGAGGCCAGUACUAGUGACAGUCCAAUGAACAACACUGAGGGUGCUCACCUGCUGAGCCCAGAUGCCAUGUCGGUAAUGUUCCAGGUGUUAUCUAUUUUGCAGCUGCUGAGAAAACUGGCACCACAGCAGGAACACCAGGAUGCACUGGACGCAUGGUUCCGCAAAGAAUACCUGGGAGAUUUUAUACAGCACUUCAUGAAAAACUUUCCCUAUGGUACUCAGGAUACACCCAAACAUAGAAAGAAGGCUGAGCUCAAGAGGAAUAAACAAACUGCAGCCAUUCCAGGUUUGACUGUGGAGCCGUUGGCCCUAAACAUCACACUUUGCCAGGUCAUGGUGUCGCUCAGCCAGAGACAGGGACUUGGCAGAGAGACAGAUGGUGACUGGCUUACGCUACUGAGGACCUUUGUCCGAGACACUCUGAGCAGUGGAGUGAAACUGAGCUACAGGCACCUCCACAUGCUGCUGGGUACUGUGUGGAAGAUGGUGCUUACACAGAGAAGCAAAACAGUUACAGAGGACCUGUUGGCAGCAGUUUAUGUCUACUAUAAGCAGAGGAACCUGACUCUGCAGACGCGAUCUCUGCUGCUUUCUUUCUACAGCAAGCUCUACCAGCAGGAGCAAGGUCAUACACACAUUGCCAGGAGUAAGGUGCUGUGUCGUUGGCUGGCAUCCCUUCCUGUGCAAUUGUCCCAGCUGGGCCACCGUAACCCUACUCUCUCUGCACGACUUAUCGUGUCCAUCCAUGCUGCUGCUUCCCGGGGAAACAAGGAUAUGCUUAACAGUCUGCAGACCAACGCCUGCAGGCUCUACGAUCAACAGGAAGGAGUUUUUGCACUGUUACCAGCAGAGUCCCAGCAGCGAAUGGUGCAGCUGCUGUACUUCCUGCCCAAAAUGUCCCAGUCCCUUCUGGCCAGCCUGAGUUGCUGUUGCACCACUGGACGAAUCUCUGCUGGACUCGCUGCCUCACUAAUUCGCAUCAUACACCUUAGGUCAUCUCUGAGUGGCUGGUCAGUUGGGAGCCAGGAAGCGGCCGUGCAGGACGUGGACUACUUCAGCUUCCUCUUCUCCACUCUUAUGGGCUUCUCGUCCUACAAGCUCGCCUCCCUCCAGGAGGAUGAAGACAAGUGCGCCCUGCCUUGCUCCCCUCUCUCACCCCUCAGUCUCUUCCCCACUUCAGUGGAACAGUUCACUCACCACUGGGAUGUUGUUGAGGAGGUGUGCCACUGUCUGGAAACUCUGGGCUCCAAGUCUCAGUGCUUUGACAUCUUGCAAAAUGGUUUUUCCAAAUACGUGAUCAAGUUGGAAGUGUUUCCUGACAGUAUGGUUGCCGGCCUGCUGCGAGCGGUCUCCAGAUUACUGGAUCCGUCAGUCGUGCCGACUGAGCCUGUGGUGCGUUUCUUGUCUCAGUGUUGCCUCAGCCUCAUGGCUCUGCUCUUCACCCUCCAACAGGAGGCACCUGCUGAAGCCAACCAUAAAAGGGAGGCGAUAUGGGGGGCUUGUGUGGUAGCGCUGAGCACAGUUCCUCGCCUCCUGCGGAUGGUCCUACAGAUGUUGCGUGUUGGAGAUCUGAACGAGGAGGAGCUGCCACAGCUCGGACAGAUCCUGUUAAUGCUGUUGCAGCACACACCACUCCACAGCCAGUUACUGGCCAAUGCUGCGCUCCUGCAGGAGAUUAUACAGCACAUCACGAGAUACAACCGGUCUGCAACCAGGGAACAGUGGCUGACGGAUCUGCUGUACUGUUACAGCCUCACUGUGGCUCACGGCUCCUCUGCUCACCGUGGAAACUUGGGCCUUCAAGACAUGUAUUGACUGACCCAGCCACC